AUGGGCGACACCGUUCAGAUCACGACGGAAGGAGGAGAGCAGUUCUUCAAGCACUAUUACUCUUAUCUUGAUACUGCCCGUCAGAAUCUGAAGCAUUUGUAUCAUGAAGCUUCGAAGGUUGUUUGGAAUGGCAAUACGCUGAAUGGAAAGAUGGCGGUAGAUCGCUUUUUCAGCGACCUGCCAGCCAUGACUAUCCCAGGGCAAGAACCGCCUGACCCCAUGAUCCUUGUGUCGGUAAUGGGGUUUGUGCGAUAUGGACACUUGGAAGCAAAGCCUCCGCCCGAUUCGAAAACUUUCUGUCAGUCCUUUAUCCUUGGAAAAGACACUGCGAGUGGGUCGUACUACAUUGUGACGGACAACUAUCGAUUUCUUUGA